CUAUUAGCAGAGCAGAGAGCGCUAUUUCCGAUACCAUACAAGCAAUCAUAUGUUUAGAAGCGCUGUAGUAGGUGUGGGGAAGAAAUGAAGUGGUGGCGCGAAAAAAGAUCAAAAAGGAAAACGUGCGGCGGCGAUGGAAUUGAAUAUUGAUGAAGUUCCUGCCUGAUAUAGUUGUGAAAAUUAGUUUCCAUUGCCUGGAACCAUCGCCGGUGAAAAUGGUGGCAACGACUUUUUAAGGAACAGACGCCUUCUCAUUCGGCCACCAACAGCAGCAGCGGACAUAAUUCUUGGCUAGCACUUUGAGCGAAACUUUUCCAAAACGCCAACCAGCCACCAAGAAGUGGGUGUAAAGUAUGCAACUGUUUCUAAAAACUGCCAGUAAUCGAGAAUAAAAGUGUCAUCAUUUAACGAUGUCUGGUCCCGUAAAAUCCUCCGGGGCGGCAAUAUAAGCUGGAAGCUGGAAGCCAGUGAUGUUUCCACACGAGCGAACCCGUGCCAACAUCAUCGUCCUGGGUAUCAAGUGGUUCCAUAAAAAUUAUGACAACCCAUUCCGAGUUGUGUUGUGUUGUGGGCGGCCGCUGUGUCUAGUGGUUAAAUGUUAAAGUUUGAAAUUCAUUGGCUUGGUCCCGUCCCCCCAUUUUCCUCCCAGAUCUUUUUAACCUGGCCAGCAGCUGGGAUCUGACGAGGUUCGCGGGAAUGUCCCUGCUCAAGUAUAGCAAAACAUGGCCAUCGAUUCUGACCAGGAUGGCAGUGGUCCAGCUGCGUGUUGAUUCUCGGGGUCGCACCUACAGCUCCAUCGUGGAACCGGCUUGCAUCACAGGGCCCACUAAUCUGGUGGAAUCGAAUCCAAACAUUUCUGCCGAAAUUAUGGGAGGACACCCGCCGCAGUUCGUGAUCCAGAACAUCGAUGAUGUCGUCGAUUCGAGGCUGCAUCUGCCGGAUGUGGCCAACGUGGGUCAAUUUGGUUUGGUGGGCAAGAGUCGGUUGCAGCAGAAUCAUCGGCGUUAUCAAUGCCGGAAGUGUGGUGCCAGUAGUGGUGGGGGUAGAAGAAAAGUGGAACGGGUUGAAGAGCGGGACCUCAAUACCGGAAGUGAAUCGAGUGAUCAUCGUUUCCCGAGCUAUCGGAAAAAUGUUCGUUCUGAAUCGCUGAAGAUCGACAACUGGGAUUACAUCUAUGCGGAGAGGGUGCCCGGGUCUCUGGGCAGGAAACCCGGUGGGAGCAGUGGUGUGGGGGUUUCCAGUGCGGAGUUGCCGUGCGAUGGGCACCGGUGUAUUUCCGGGCAAGCGGCCCUGAAAGUGUCCACCCUGUGGCGCCAUUACUAUCCGGAGGGUGAUUGGGGUUGGAUUAUCCUGCUGGUGGGGGUGCUGAGUACGAUUUUGAAUCAUGGAGUUCAGAUUGCGGGCCCCAUGUAUUUGCUGCCGGCUGGCGAAAGAUUUAAGCAGAGCGCCGUCAAUAGUACAGGUAGGUAACGCAUUGAGGAUUUGGUAUGAUAAAAUGGGAAACAUUUAGAUGUUUCAGCACGA